AUGGAAGUUAAUUUUUACGACUUCGAAGAGGUUGGAAUAGCAAUUCGGCGCUGUUCGAUCCAUAAAAAUGAUACAUAUUUCAAGGUAGCGCAUUUCUAUAAUUCGGUUGAUCAACAAAUGCUACCGUGUCAGCAGGCGAUGAUGCUCGACGAGGCUCUUGCGUUUGAAAAGCUAGUGAUAUCUGAGAAGCGAGGCGAAUUAACGACAAACAUGGCCAGCUGGGAUGAUCCAGAAAAUCUGAAAGAAUUCAUCAAGAAGCUGCAGGCAGCUGCUGAACGAUUAACCGUGCAUAAUAGGCGACUGCGAAAGGCACACCGUGAAAUAUGCGAAAAAAUGAAGCAGCUGAUGAACUUAGAUUUACUAAAAGAAGCAAAUAAAUGGAAAGAUAUCAUUGGCGAAAUCAGAAGCAAAUUAGCGGAGCAGGAACAGUACGCUGGCAGCAGGAGCAAUAUGCUUCCAUGGUUAUCGCAUUGGGAUCGGCAACUUUAUAAGGCGUUGCAACUGCAGUAUCAGUGGGGUAUCGAAAGUCUACAUUCGCAAAUACCUCAAAUUCAGACGCAGCUUGUGUUCAAAGACCAAAGGCUACAGCUGCGUCCGCCCCUGGAAGAAAUACGUGCAAGAUAUUAUCGAGAAUUAAGGAAAUUUAUUAGCAUCCCUCAGAAAUUUAGAGGUUUCCAGGACACUGACCAAGCAAACUCGUUUUUUGCAAAAAUGAUCGAACGCAAUGCGAGUCGAUUUUCGAGCGUUUUUGAAAAAGCGGAGCAGCUUUUUGAGAAGCUUGCAGAUAUUGGAAGUGAGUUCGAAGACUGGGUUGUACUCGGCCAAGUGGAUCUGGAGGAUUUGAUAACGACGCAUUUUACCCGAGCAGCAGACUGGGAGAAUCAGAUCAAGCUGCUCAAGGAAAAAGGCCGAGAUGCAGAGAAAUUGCCGCGCGAAAUCAAACUGGAAUGUAUCGUUGUGACGACAUCAGAUGUAAAGCUGACCAUUGAUAGCAUACUACAGCGCCUUUUUGAUACACUGAUUUGGACACUGCGAUAUUCCGUCAGUAAUCAGAUCCAUGAAAUUAAUCGAUUUCUGAAUGAAGCCAUUGAUGUGCUAAGCCGCAAGUCUCAGUCAAUCGAUGAGGUCGCUGAAGCUAAUCAGAAGCACAACAAAUUUGCAAAAACCAAUAAGGAGAUGAAGCAAACCCUUAAUCUGAUCGAAGAAAAGAACGUCCUGCUGCGCUCGGUUGGUGGCAGUGGCGCUGAACAGUUACCAGCACUUCUGCAGCUCUGGGAGAAGUUUGAACUAAUGCUGGACAGCCAUCAGCUAAUGAUCAAGGAACAAGUGGAGUCGCUGAAGUCUAAUGUUGAAAUACAAAUGAAAUCACUGAGUGCCGCUGCUGAAAAAUUAUAUGCUCGCUGGAACCAGUUCAAGCCAAAAAAUGACCUGAACGAGUACGACAGGAAUGCUAUGCUUGGAGCGAUACAGUUCGUAAAGGAAAAGAGAGAUGAAUUCAACGAGCUGGUGCAACGGCAACAACAAUUACUAGCAGAAUGCGAACAGUUUGACGUUCAAAAAACGGAGUUACCGCUUAUUGAAGAACUGGCAAAAGAUCUGGAAAAUUACGAGAGCAUUUGGCUAAUAUAUGAGGAGUUUAAUGCGGGCUUGCAGGAAAUGGCUUCCGAGGACUGGAUUCUUUUUAGGACAAAAACAUACCGCUUUGAUGAAUUCUUGCACGAGUGGUGUGAUAAACUGAAAAGUUUGCCACCCACUCAUAUUACUAUACACAUGCUUCGUUUGUCUGGUUGCGUUUUACACAAACAAAUUAGAAUAAGCAGUUUUCAGGAGAUGAGCACUGCACUGAAAUACUGCAGGGGUGAGGCGCUGAGUAGCGAGCACUGGCUGGAACUUUUUCGACUGUUGGGUAUGCCCAAAGGUACAACACUGGAACGGCUACAUUUCGGUGAUCUUUUGAAUGUUCACAAAGCAAUUAGUGAAAAUUUGGAGGAACUGAAAAGCUUAAACGAGCGAGCGCAAGGAGAAGUUACCAUUCGCGAAGCGCUUCAGGAACUGGAGCUUUGGGCCGCACAGACAGAAUUCGCGCUAACUGAUUAUAAGCAUUCAAAUGGAACCACAAUGAAAAUAAUCAAAGAUUGGAAAGAUACAUUGAAUUCGGUCAAAGAUAGCAAGGCAUUAUUACAGUCGCUGGAAACUUCGCCCUAUUAUGUGCAGUUUCGCGAUAAAACUUCAGUCUGGGAAACACGGCUAACUGAUACAGAACAGUAUCUGCAUUGGAUGAAUGAGAUACAGCGUAAAUGGGUUUAUCUGGAGCCAAUUUUUGGGCGCGGAUCGCUGCCAUCCGAAGCACCUCGCUUCAGUCGGGUCGAUGUCGAAUUCCGUGCCAUCUUAAAUGACGUGGUUCGUGAUACUCGCAUUGCUAGCUUGAGCUCCCGGUCAUCCUUGAAGAGGACAUUGGAACAGAUGAUCGACCAGCUUAAUCGUUGCCAACGAGCUCUAAAUGAAUUCCUUGAGGUUUAUCCUUCCCACUUUACAUAUUUGUUGAAAGAAAUCAGUUCUGCAAUAUCUAUUGUUGUUCUGCGUUUCGAAUACUCUGCAUACGAAGCAUCAUGCAAAAAGAAUUUUAUGGCUAAUGGGGUUUUUUUCUUCAGGUUAGUCCUGUGCUUUAAAUUGUGGACAUUUCAGGAAAAACGAAACGCAUUCCCUCGGUUUUAUUUUUUGGGAGACGACGAUUUGCUAGAAAUACUGGGACAAUCGAUGAAUGCACGUGGUAUCCACAAAGUGUUGUUCGGUGACAAUGGCCUAUCAAUCACAGCUAUGGUUUCGGCUCAUGGAGAAGUUGUGCAGCUAUCAAAUCCUGUCCGAAUUGUUCCUCAAGUGGAACGAUUCAAUGGUAGAAUAAGUGAUCACGUAACUUUGUCAAGACUGAUAUUUGGAGAGCGAUUUCAGGAAUGGCUGCAAAAGCUCUCUGACGAAAUGAGGGACACAAUCAGGAAACUGGUCGUUAAGUGCGUCAGGGAAGCAACUCUUGAUCCUGGAAAAUAUCCGUCUCAGGUGCUUUGCUUGGCGGAGCAAAUUCGCUUCUGCAACGAGUGCGAGCGUGCAUUGAGCAAUGUAGCCGACCUGCAAUCCUACCGAAAACGGCUUACACAAGCACUGGCAAAUUAUACAAGCGCUGAAGUGACGGACGUUGUGCUGCAAUUGAAAUUGAAAGCCCUGAUACUGGAUGUGAUUCACAAUAUAAGCGUUAUCGAUGAGCUGAUUGCGAAUGUACCUUGCACGAAAUUGUCAUGGGCAUGGCAAAAGCAGUUGCGGUUCUAUCUUGCAUCCGGGGAACGAGUGAUUUUACGACAUGUUGACACUCAGUUCUAUUACACCUACGAAUAUCAAGGCAAUGCAGCGAAAUUAGUUCAUACACCGUUGACCGACAAAUGCUAUUUAACACUUACACAAGCACUGUCGAUGGGUCUUGGAGGCAAUCCAUACGGUCCUGCAGGGACUGGAAAAACCGAAUCAGUGAAGGCUUUGGCCAAUUUGUUUGGUCGGCAAGUGCUGGUUUUCAACUGCGAUGAAGGGAUUGACGUUCACUCAAUGAAUCGCAUAUUCACUGGAUUAGUUCAGUGUGGCGCUUGGGGUUGUUUCGAUGAAUUCAAUCGCCUCGACGAGUCGGUGCUGUCGGCGGUAUCAAUGCAAAUCCAGAUUAUUCAGAAUGCAAUAAAGUCACGUUCAGCAAAAUGCUCACUGGGUAACCGAGAAAUACCUGUUGACUUGAAUUCAGCCAUAUUCAUAACACUGAAUCCAGCAGGGAAGGGGUACGGUGGACGACAGAAGUUGCCGGAUAACCUGAAGCAGUUAUUCCGACCAAUUGUGAUGGAAAUGCUGAGCUCUCAACAACAUUACGACUGGGGUUUGAGAGCACUCAGAACCGUUCUGCGCAGCUGCGGCACUAUGCUGGAGAACAACAAAGACAAAAGUGAAACUCAGCUGGUUGUCGAUGCGCUUACAUUGAAUACGGUGCCGAAGUUAACAUUUGAUGAUUCAAAGCGAUUCGCCACUCUCAUUGGUGAUAUUUUUUCAGACACUGAAAAAGGCCCAGUGCAGAUUGAGGAAUUGCUGGAACCGUUGAAACAGGCUGCGAACGAAAUGAAACUAGCGAUUACUGACACGCAGAGGAAAAAAGUAUUCGAACUGUUCGAGCAGUUACAGCAAAGAAUAGGUGUAAUAUUACUGGGUCCGAGUGGUACAGGCAAAUCAACUCUAUGGAAAGUGCUGCAUAAAGCUAUGGCACUUGCAAACAGGCCUGUGACGACGUAUGUGAUCAAUCCCAAGUCAAUGCCAAAGCAGAAACUUCUGGGUUGGAUGGAUAUGGAUACAAGAGAGUGGUCGGACGGUGUGUUAACAGCGGCUGCUAGAGAAGUUGUGAAAGACAGCAAUGCACUUGCUUGGAUUAUCUGUGAUGGAGAUGUUGAUCCUGAAUGGAUCGAAGCACUCAAUUCAGUACUUGAUGAUAAUCGCCUGGUAAAGCUCUGGUUUUUUUUCAGCGGCAUUAAAAAUACGACCAAAAAAUUUCGAAAACUGUCUCAUUUCAUUUUUUGCUCAGACCUGGCUACCAACCUUUCCAAUAGUCGUGACCAAUCCUGCUUAAGUUAG